AUGGUCCACCGUUCUGGACAAGCUCAGAGCUACCUCAGCUCCGGAAGCAACGGAACCGACCCUCCAACCCUCAAGUAUUCGGCUGACUCUAGCUUCAAUCAUACAAUGUUCUCGACUUCGACCUUGACUGUCCUGGCGGCUCUCGCUGCGGUCGUCACUCCCGUGUUCGGCCACAUGGAGAUGGUCAGCCCUCCCCCUUGGAACUCCAAGAUCAACCCUAACACGCCUCGCGAGAACAUUGACUACUCGAUGACCUCCCCUCUCGACCCGUCUGGUGCCAACUUCCCUUGCAAGGGCUACAACUCGGUCAUCGGCACGGACGCCGGCAAGUCGGUCGCCACUUGGGCCCCCGGCAGCACCCAGACUGUCUCCAUCGGCGGCACUGCUGUCCACGGCGGUGGCUCGUGCCAGCUCCUCCUCUCGUUUGACGGCGGCCACUCAUUCAAGGUCAUCCAGUCCGUUCUUGGCGAGUGCCCGACUACCCAGACCUGGGACUUUACCGUUCCCAACGACGUGCCAUCUGGUGACGCUGUCUUUGCCUGGACCUGGUUCAACCGCCUCGGCAACCGCGAGAUGUACAUGAACUGCGCCUCGGUCACAAUUAGUGGCGGCGGCGGCGGCGGUAACCAGUGGCGUCGCGACGAGGACGUCUAUACCAACUCGACCCGUCGUGGCGUCUCUUUCAACUCCGCCCCAGGCCCCUUCCUUGCCAACAUCGGCAACGGCUGCGGUACCGAGGAGGGCGGCGACGUCGACUUCCCCAACCCUGGUUCCGAGGUUUUGCGCCGUGGUGGCUUCAGCCCACGUGCUCCUACCGGCAGCUGUGCUGGCGGCUCUGGGCCAUCCAAGCCGGAGCCUUCGUCGGCCGCUCCUGAGUCUUCGUCGGCUGCUCCUGAGCCUUCGUCGCCGUCGUCGAACGGUGGCGAUUGGAACCAGCCCUCGGCCACGAACGGCGGUGAGUGGAGCCAGUCUUCCUCUGCGCCUGCCGAGUCGUCGUCGUCAGCCUCGUUCGAUGACGGCAAGUGGCACCCCAGUUCUUCGUCUGCUGCUCCCUCGCCUACGAUCUCGACUCCCGAGUGGGGCAACUUGCACAACAAUGGUACUUUCACGUCUACCGACUCGGCUGCCGCUUCGCCGUCCCCAACCAAGGUCAAGUGCAACCGCAAGCGCCGCGUCCGUCGCCACAAGAAGCGCAUGAGCCACGGCCAGGUCGGCACGUUCUAG